AUGUCUGAUUUGCAGACACCAAGCUUGUUAAAAGCCCCUGAAAAUAGACAGGAAAGUGUUUCUGUUCUUUGGAAACCUCUUGAUGAUGCCCAGCAGUCUUUGCUUGAGAGUGUGGGAAACAAAAGACUGGCACGUCGACUUUACAAACGGACGUUCAAGAUAUACUCGAGAGAGGACAGACUGCAUGCGAUCAAUUUCUGUCAAUCACGAAAGCACAUUAACCCCAUCACUGGACAGGAAAGGCCAAUCUCAUUAUCUACUGCAUCAGAGAUCCUCCACAUUUCUAUAGGAACAUUGCAGAGAUGGAUCAUGGAAAAGCAGAAAAUUACAGAUAUGAAACAAGGCUCUUCAAGGGCAGACAAACACAGGCUCUUCCAACGCCAUUUCAUACAGCGAAGCGAGUUCUAUAAGUUGCACCCUUACGAGCAUCCAGUUCCCUUUAUUGGAAUAGAGGGAGGACGCCUCGGCCGGCUUAAGAGCUUUGCAGAUGCUUACCUUUUUCUCGGCCAGGCGGAAGAAAGAUCACACCCAGGUCAUCCAAGUGUCCCAGCCACGGUUGACAGCAUGAAACGGCCAUCACAGCCGUCGGGUGCUGCAGAUUGUAUCUCCCAUUGCAAUACAUCACAAGCCCACCAUCCGACUAUGAAAAAGUCGAGGGUGCAGUAUGUUAACUCAAAGUUGUAUGAAAUUGCUCCUAGUUAUGACAGCAGAAGGCUCGGCUCACGAUCGCAUGAUCCUUGCUAUGAUGAAAUAGGGUCUUGCGUCGCGCUCAUAUGUCAACAGAUCAUUGAUAACGAUAAUAGAAUCGAAUCAGCAAUUCCAGUUCGAGUCGGAUUUGAUUAUAACGAACCAUUUCGAGGCGCACCACAGCAUUGGGCCAUCUGGCUUGUAUUCAGAGACAGUAUCAGAAUUCUUCUGCCAUUGUCACUUUCUCUUAAGGGUGCAGUAGUCAAUGAGAUGGCCCCUGACACCUUGUACCUCCAAGGCUGGACGAUAGAUCACGAAUUGUUGAAGUGCAGAGGACGAAAGAGGAAACGCAUUGACAGCAGAGAGCAGGUGGUCGAGUAUAUGCAGAGAUAUUACAAAGACUCACAACCUAUACAUUCGAAAUUUAGGUUGAGUCCGGUCCUUUACAUCACAGACGUUGAGAUGCUUUUCUUACAGACAUCUUCUUGGAGGCCGCGCCGUUUUGCCCCGACGUGGACAUUAUACAGCACAAUCUUGCAUUCCAGCUACCGCUUCGGACAGCCAUUAAGCCCAAUGUAUGGCAAGUAUACAGAUAUCAAAUCCAUGAUAAAUACGAUAAUAGAGAAGGCGCCCCGAGUGUCCUUCUUCAAAGCGCCAGUGCAACCUUCUCAGCUAGUCGAGCUCGGUCAUUUUACACUCAUCAAUAGAGUCUCUGAUGAACAGAUUCUAACUCGGUCUUCACACCAUCUUGACGCUUCUGGUAUUGGCACCACACCGAAGCUGGGACUUGAAGACAUUGAAAAGUCAUUCGAACACGAAGAUGUCACUGCUACCUCUAUACAAAACAUUCGCAGCAAAAUUACGCAUGCACUGAAGCUGAGCCUGGUAGAAUCAAUGGAGUUUGUUGACGAGAAGAGAAGAUGCAUGUUUUAUACAUGUCCAGAAUCUCAGGCUUCUGUAGCUUCGUAUUACUGCCUAUACCACUCCAGGGCACUCAUCAAUCAUGCCUCUAAUCUGUCUGGCUCAACUUCGGGUGGGACUUCGCUCGCAGAUGGCGCCUUUAAGCGACAGGUAUCUAUCACAGAUGAUACGCGGGGAGCUUUACUACAGCUCAAAAGCCUUUACUCGCGCCCUAACAGAACUUGGAUCAUUGACUUCGAAUUUAUCUCGAUGCCAGCUAAAUACUCGCCAAUUCCGCUGCAAUUUGCGAUUAGACAGCUCGAUGGAAAACUUCUAUACGCGGAAAAUGUGGAUUACAGCAUGUCUAUGGGAGAACUCGUAGAAGCCGUCUCCCCAUACGUCUCUAAUAAGCAUAAAAUGAUGGGGACGCUUUUUCUGAGGUGCUAUGGCGGUCUGAGAACGAAUGGCGAUACCCCCUCCAAAAUAAGGGAGUUUGUCAGGACUGUCUGUGGCUAUGACCAUAGUGGCGUACAGCUACUAUCCUGGUUUUCUGCUCAAGACAUGCAAUGCUUCCUCAGGCUACUUACUGGAAAAGAUGCGUUGAUCCAUGGCAAGAUCUCUCAUCUAACAUCUAAGAAUUUUCAACCAGUCAACAUCGGUGAUCUAUGUAGGAAAAUCCUGCCUAAUCUCCCCUCAAAGCGACUCGAAUCGGUCAGGGAGUACCUCGUAAGAGGCAAAGGAAACAUGUCAUCUCGAAAUUAUCACAAUGCAUCUUAUGAUACUCGCGCAAUGGCAGAUAUUGUGGAGGCUCUUGUACGUUUGGUAUGA